AUGAGCUCUAACGAUGUUGGUGAUGGGUUACGACAUAUUCCUUUAGCAUCGUUAACUGCGUUCCGACUCGCGUAUUUAGGUGAGAACCCAAACCUCAUAUCUCGGAUAUCAUCAAGUCAAUUCUAUGGCCCGAUCCCGAACAUAUGGCACGUGGACUCGUUAAGACAUGCCGGGAAGCAAAGGUACCGACGUCGAAUAGUUAAGAGUAAAUUGCAAACCGUCCUUGAGAAGUGGCAAUCCACAAACCCAGAAGCUAAUAUUGAUAACAACAGUGCUAAUGAUAAUAAAGUUGCUACUACUAAUAAUGAUACCAGUAUAGCAACCCCGUUGAAUACCCACGGAUUUAAUAUCUAUCUAAGCAAUAACCAUCAAGUUGAACAUAUCCUACACAAUUGGAUUGCUGCCGAGGAUGAAGACAACUGUCCAACUGUUGAUGAUCCGUCUUCAGAGGAUGAAUCGAGGUUUGACCAAUCAUUUGGCCUAAGAAGAAACGAAGAUCCCCUGGAAAUAAGUUCAAAUUUGAAUUCAGAACAAACUACAGCAUUUAAUUCCGAUACUGCCUCUCCACCGCUGAAACAUAGCUUGACUCCUUUAGCAAUGGAAGAGUCACCUUUAGGGUCCUUCGUGGCUGUAGAUGAAGAACAACAAGAAGAAGAUAAUGAUGGUUCUCUGGUACCAUCUCUGAUCAUAAAUGAAUACGAACCAAUAUCAACCCAAGUUGGAAUCCUUGAGGCUCCAGAUUCACCAUGUCUUCAACAAAGAAACAAUGAGAGACUUGUACGGUUUUCUACGAAGCAAACUUUAGGUUCAAAGAAACUGAAAAUGACAUUCCAAGAACCGCAACCUCAAACGGAAAUCAUUGAUGAAGAAGUCUGUGUUGCCGAGGAUUAUUCAUCACCUCUGAAACAGUAUCAUUUAAUUAGGGGAAUCACAGAUCUGGAGACUCUGGCAUGGUUGAGUGGCUACAAAAGAAGAGUACUUAAACAACGGCUCAUGAGGAAAUUGCAUAGAAACUCAAAAGAUGAAUCCAAGGAAUUACAUCACCAAUUGCAUAGACGAAUCUACAGCACUCUUUUGAAUGAUUAUAAGAAUGGAGAGGUUAUUAGAUCGGGGAAAAUGCUUGUUUUAAUUGAGACAACUAAUGAUACCACCACAAGAUACUAUGAUGCUAGUACUAGUCAUCAAUACCAAGUUGUUGAUCGAUGGCGUGAAUACCAAGUUAUAUUAAGAAGAGUAUCCGAGGUUUCUGUUCGAAUAGAAUUUUAUGAAAUGCAUUCAUUUACCAGUUUAUCCAAAAAUUUUCCAGUGAUUUCUUAUGAAUUGAAUUCUAAAAAUCCACAAUCUCCCAAAGUCAGUCUCUACAAUGCCAUUGAUAAAACUAUUUGCUUAUCUGUUAAGGCACUGGAAAAGAAGAUGAAAAAUAAACCAAAAAACAAAGUCUAUCUUCUCAUUAUGAAGUGUUCAGAUAAUACAAGUACUUUGAAAUGGCUAUAUUUAAUGAACCUUGCAUUGAAACAAAGCCUCGAAGAUGGGAAUGAUUUUCAUAUUCAUGUUCCAACACUCAAGCGUUCCCUCCUAAUAACUCUACCUAAUGAUCGCUUUACCAAGAUGUUUCAAACGGAUAAAGCUAUGAUAAUCAAGGAAUUACCAGUUGGUUACAAAGUAUUCCACACUAAAUUAAUAGAAUUUCUAAAGCAAAAAGUAUGCGAGAAUCUUCACAUCACUGACCCGGAGAAUUGGUGGUUUUGUUUUAAAUCAUAUGAUGCCUUAUACUGGAUUGAAAACUCUAGUGAAAGUCUUUACUUGCUGAAUCUUUUCCUUGGUGAUCAGUUGCAGUUAGAAUUCAGAAGAAAGGAAAAUCAUCAUUUAGAGAAAGAACCCAUUCCAUGUGAAGGGUUUUUAUCCAGAUUGACAAAUAAUAAUGGCCACAGACGAUCAUUUGGCAGGCCAUUUUAUCGUAUGCUGUAUUUUUAUACCAGUGGUCCAUUACUUUAUUAUUGCAGACAUUAUAAUGCUGUUCCUCCUCCCGAAAUAGUGGAAAAUAAAGCCAAUUUUGGUCAUGUUACCACGGUCUUAACAUCAUUACCAACAGAUGAAAGAAACCACUUUUUACACUUUGACAAAGAGAAAGAUACAUGGGAGGAUGAUAAAAGAGGAAUUGAAGAAAUCGAAAGAAGAGCUAAACAUAUUGCCAAGGCAAGUGGAGUAUUAGAUUUAUGUUGUAUUACUAAAAUCCGGAAAUUAGAGGACAAGUAUGAUAUUAUCUAUGAUGCUCUCCAAUUUAUUACAUGGUAUGCUAAACCUGGUUUCACUAAUGCAGGAAAGAAAGCAAUUUUUGUUCUUGAAUUAGAAUCUGGAGAAGAGAUUUGGCUUCAAGCUGCCAACAAGGAAUGUAGGGAUGCUUGGUGUUCACAUUUACAAAUGAUUAGAGAUUAUUGGGUUGCCAACAGGAGACAUCAAAUUCAACAUAGAAUGAAGAUAAGACACAAAAACAUGCACAUAUUCAAUAUUAAUGAAUAUGCCGAUUCAAACAUGGAUCAUGAGAUUGCCAUAUCCAAAGAUAAAGUGAAUUUACUUUCCCAAGUUGACGAGAUUUCACACUCAAUUGAUUCAUUGGCCCUAAGCCAUGUUACCCUUGAGAGUGGAACCAUUUAUUUGAAACGGAAGAAACAUUCCAGUUACACACAGUUCUUCUUAGUGCUUAUACCGGGGUUUCUUAUCAUUUACCAUCUUCAUCCUCGGUCACUACUUACUCAUACUUGGAAGAGGGCACCCUUUUUCAAGCACUAUUUUACCAUCCCAAUCGCUGAUUGCUACAUUUAUCUGGGCCAAUUAUCGUCGUUGGACUUACUUGAUAAUCAGAAGGCACUGGAGCUUCACGAUGGUCAUUUCACCAUCCCCCGGAUCUACGAAGAUGGAUGGAAAUCUCAAGAUGAAGAAGAAGAACGGUGUUUCAGUAUUUGGUUUGGGAAAAAACGAGAGAUCUUUGGGUCUCAGAAGCUUCAGAGGAAUUAUCAACUACAAAAGGAGCAAUUCAAACAGGGCACUCAGAACCCAAACUAUUUAAAGCUUGUUUCGAAAUUAGGAGUUUCGGGUAACUGUAUAUAUAUGAAGGCCCGGUCGAGACAAGAGAAGGAUAUUUGGGUUUCAAGGAUUCAAGGAGAAAUUGAUCGAUUUGGGUGA